GCGACGGCGAGAUUUUAUCAGAGACUCUAGUAGACCCGGGACUCGACUGUCGGGUCUCGAUUUUCGCCUGUGCAAGUUCUGUGUCUUUUUUCGAAGAUUUCGUUUUGUGAUUUGUGUCGAGAGUCGUGGUGUCGAUUGCAGGACUCAAGAUGCGCUGUCUCGAGGGAGAGUCAAGGCACCGAGUGAUUCGGUAAUCUUCUCGGUCAACUUUCGCGCGCGAGAAAUGGAAAGAGAAGUGCUGCUUCCUAUUUCGGCCUGCUGCAACUUGAGUCUUCAAAGUCGGCGAAGAGACAGGGAGAACAUGGCAAACGGCGGUCACAACAUCGUCAGCGGCGUGACUUCGGGGACGGGAAGCUUGUCGAGAGAAGAGAGGCGCCGACGGCGUCGGGCGACGCAAAAGUACCGAACGGCUCACGCGACCAGAGAAAGAGUGCGAGUGGAGGCGUUCAACCUGGCGUUCGCCGAGCUUCGAAAGCUCCUGCCGACGCUGCCCCCGGACAAGAAGCUUUCAAAGAUCGAGAUCCUCCGGCUGGCCAUCUGCUACAUCGCCUACCUGAAUCACGUUCUCGAGGCGUGAUUUUUCUCGCGAUCAUUGACGAGAGAAAAUCGCACGUUAAAGUUCCUGCCGUCCCGAAGACGACGACGCUGCAACGAGGAUAAUAUAAGCCAACGAAGAAGAGUCAUUACAAUUAUUCCUGUGUGUAAAUAGUCGGAAAUUUCUCGUUCGUUCUUUGCGUAGCAUAAGCUCAGCUAAUCGUAAUUUCGGUAUUUUCGAGUGAGGUGCGUAAGGAAGGCGUGUGACUGUGUAAAGUUACCGCAUCUCAGAGGCGGUCUCCUGUGUACUAUAAAAACACGCCGUAAUUAAACUUGUCCUAAUGUAUAAUGAACCGACGGUCCUGUGCAUGUACUGUCUUCCGAAUCUUUCGUUACAUCGUUCGCCAAGCCUGUGUACACCCUCUACACGACGUAAUUAUAUACACGAUUAUUUUUGAGAAAAAA